GUGGUAGCUCCAUUGUUAGGUUCGGAUGUCUAAAGCGGCCAAUCGCGGGACGCCGCCGCUAAGCUUUCCUCGGCUCAGGAGUUGGAUAAAUAGAAGAGCAGUAGAGUUGGCCCUUCGAAAUCGCUUUCCGGUUUUUCGCUUGUAGUGCUGCCGUGAGAAGGAUGCCUGAGCCGGCCAAGUCCGCCCCGGUGCCCAAGAAGGGCUCCAAGAAGGCCAUCACCAAGACGCAGAAGAAGGGCGACAAGAAGCGCAAGAAGAGCCGCAAGGAGAGCUACUCCAUCUACGUCUACAAGGUGCUCAAGCAGGUCCACCCCGACACCGGCAUCUCCUCCAAGGCCAUGAGCAUCAUGAACUCCUUCGUCAACGACAUCUUCGAGCGCAUCGCGGCCGAGGCCUCCCGCCUGGCCCACUACAACAAGCGCUCCACCAUCACCUCCCGCGAGAUCCAGACGGCCGUCCGCCUCCUCCUGCCGGGAGAGCUGGCCAAGCACGCCGUCUCCGAGGGCACCAAGGCCGUCACCAAGUACACCAGCUCCAAGUAAACGAGCUCAAAGCGAAGCCUCCUUCGCCAGACCCAAAGGCUCUUUUAAGAGCCGCCCACUUUCUCCAAAAAAGAGCCGUUUCCUUUGCUUU